GCGGGGGCGCCGCAGCAGGGCGGGGGGGUGGCGCUGGCCGAGGCGCUGCUGCAGGACAAGCUCCGGCAGCACCAGCAGUCAACAGAGGGAGGAGAUGGGAAAGGCUCCAGUUCUGAUGAGCAGCAAGAGAAGAAACAGAAGGAAAAUACAGCCUAUGCCAAGAAAAUGGUGCUCCGGAUAGCAGGGCUAAUGGGAGCUGGUAGCGGGAUAGCAGUUAUCUAUAUUUUUGGUAGUAAUUCAGUGGACGAGCAAGGGGCUAAGAUCCCAGACGAAUUUGAUAAUGAUCCAGUGGUGGUUCAGCAGCUCCGAAGGACGUAUAAAUAUUUCAAAGACUAUAGGCAGAUGAUUAUAGAGCCCACCAGCCCAAAGCUGCUUCCAGACCCCCUGAAAGAACCGUACUACCAGCCUCCCUACACUCUGGUCAUCGAGCUAACAGAUGUUUUGCUCCAUCCCGAGUGGUCGCUAGUAACCGGCUGGCGCUUUAAGAAGAGACCUGGCAUUGACAGUCUGUUUCAGCAGCUGGCACCACACUAUGAAAUCGUCAUCUUCACGUCAGAGACGGGCAUGACGGCAUUCCCCCUCAUUGACAGUGUGGAUCCUCAUGGAUUCAUCUCCUAUCGGCUUUUCCGAGAUGCCACCCGUUACAUGGAUGGACACCACGUUAAGGAUAUUUCCUGCCUGAACAGAGACCCCGCCAAGGUGGUGGUGGUGGACUGCAAGAAGGAGGCAUUCCGCCUGCAGCCCUUUAAUGGCAUGGCGCUGAAGAAAUGGGACGGCAGCUCCGACGACAGAACGCUCUUCGACCUCGCCGCCUUCCUGAAGACUAUUGCCUUGAGCGGAGUCGAGGAUGUCAGGACAGUGCUGGAGAACUACUCGAUGGAGGACGACCCGCUGGAAGCGUUUAAACGUAGGCAGUCUCAGCUGGAGCAGGAGGAACAGCAGCGGCUCACCGACCUGUCCAAGAACAAGAAGCAGCAGCUUUUCCUGGGCUCCCUGGCAAGCCGGCUAUGGCCUCGGUCGAAGCAGCAGUGACACUCUCCUGUGCAGCCCCACCCGCUUGUGGACCGUCAGAGCAGCGUGGUCUGGGGGAGUGGGGUUCCAGCAAUGGCAUCUCAUCUACAAGGCCUGCAGAACUGCCUUCAGACUUAGCCCUUUCCAGACCCGCUCUGCGGGGUGGAGAGCCAGCCGGCAGAGAUUCCCACGCCGGCUCUACGGUGGCCUAGUGGGGCCUGUGUGUCUGCAGAGAAAUGGACUUAUCUCAGUACAAAUAAAGUGGGGUGGGGAGGAUCACUCCCUAAUUAGCUUCUAGAUCUCACCCCCCUCUGUAUCGUGUUUCCUUCAGAGGAGAGAGAGGACUGUGCUGCUCCUGUUGGCGUGAAUGGAACCGGCGGUACGCACGCUUCAAAUAAAGGGUCAUCUUUCUACAGGCA